AUGCCAAGGGCCCCGCACCAGCCUGCAGAUCUGCGGGUAUGGCCCGGACGGCAGGAUCGCUUAGAUGCUGACGGUGCAGCAUUGGAUCCAACCGGCCGCGGAAGCACUCUGGGGCAGGUUGCAUUGCGAGGCCACUGCAUAGUAUAUCACUACCACAAUGACCAUAGGGUAGUGGUUGACAGCGUUAGCGCCCACCGUGAUGAAUUGAUACUUACCACCAUUAUUGACAAUGCAGAAUAUAAAUAA